AUGGAAGAGGAUAGCAUAAGGAUAAAAGUGAAAAGCAUAGACAACGAGGAGUAUGAGCUAACGGUGAAAACAAGUAUGAACACAGAAGAGAUAAAGAGUAUAAUAGCUGAGAAAAAAAAAGUAAAUAAAAAUGAUAUAAGACUAAUAUAUCAAGGGCAGUGUUUAUCUAAUGAGAAAACUAUUGCAGAUUAUAAUGUACAAAAUGAUCAUAUAAUUCAUUUAGUAGUUAGGAAAAAGGAAAAUGUUAAUACUAAUAAUGAUGAUAAUCAAAAUGACAGAACGAGUACUACCACAUUUAGAAAUAAUGAUAGUAACAUUAUAAGCGAUCCAGUACAUAUUAAUUUUACGUCAGCUAUGAGUUACAACAACAGUAGUAAUGCGAAUAAUAGUAAUAAUAAUAAUUCCAAUGCUACUAAUAACAAUAGUAAUAGUAAUGGUAACGUUUUUACAAACCAUAGUACAAACCCUCUUCCUAAUUCCAACGGAGCAACCCCUCUUUAUUUUACGCAUAUGAGAGUAACCAGAAAUGAUAAUAUAGAAAAUGAUUUAAUGGGUCAGACAAAUAUAUGUUCACUACUUAAUGAUAUAAUGAGUCAAGUUAAUAUUAAUCCUAAUUUUAUUUAUGGAGCUGCUACAGCGGCAGCUACUGCGGCUGCAAAUGUUGCAGCUUCGAAUACAUCACCCAGUGGAACGACUAAUGGGAUGGCUGGUGGAACAACUAGUACCUCUACCAAUGCUGGAACUAAUGCAUCAACCAAUGCGUCAACGAACGCUGCUACCAAUGCAUGUACUUAUAUAGGAGAAGGAGAAAAUAUUUUUGCAGCCGCCAUGCGAACAAAUGGAAUGAAUGUGAAUGUAAGCGAUUUUGUAAACAUCAUCAACAAUAGUAACAAAGGGGGGAAGGAUAGUAACAACAGCAAUAGUAAAAAAGUUGAUCCAAACGAAAAUAAUAAAAACAAAGAAGGAGAAGAAGAAAAAAAAAAUUGGGCUCUUAUGGAAAAGAGUUACGACAAGAAUAAUAAUAAAGGUACACAUGCAAAUGAAGAACAAAAAAAGGAGAAGGAAAAACGGGAAAAAUUGAAAAGACAUAUUACAUCAGAUAGACGAAAUAAUAAUUAUGAUUAUAAUAAAGAGAGAAGUGAUCCAAAUAAUAACAGUAACGAUAGCAGUAGUAGUGGUAAUAGUGACGAUGGUAAAAGUAACAAUGAAGAUGUACAAGGCAAAGAAGUAGAAGAAAACAAGCAAACAAAAAAGAUAAAGAAAAAGAGAAAAAAUGUAAUGAAUGAAAAAAAAAUUCCCAAUAAUUAUAAACAUGAAAAGGAAGGAAAAUAUCAUUCGGACUAUUCAAAAAAAAGUGGCACAUCAGAUAGCGAAUCGGUUAGUAGUAAUUCUAGGUCAUCUACUUCAGGUAAUGCACAUAUAAAGGAAGAAAAAAAGAGAUUAGAGAAGAUAAGAAAAAAUAGCAAAAAAAGACAUCUAAAGAACAAACAUAAAAAGGAAAAAAUGUACGAUUAUAAUAGCUAUACGUCAGAUGAGGAUGAUGAAUAUACUAGAAAAGGAGGAAGAGUAAGAAGAGACAAAGGAAAAGAAAAAGAAAAGAGAAAAAAGCAAAGUAAUAUGUUCGAUCCAAAUUUCCUGUAUCAUCGCAAUUACAUGCAUGACAAUAACGCAAGAACAAACCGUCAGUGGAAUUACCUAUAUAAUGGAAGAAAGGACUUAAUCAAUUUAGGAGGGGGAGUUGAUGCAGGUGCAGGUGCAAGAGCUUAUCCCUUUCCUGUUGACAAUGCUCUAAGAUCUGGAAUGUUUUAUAAUGACAAUAAAAAUUUUCUUAAUUAUAGAGAUGAUAUAAGUGAUACAUAUGACUAUAUGAAUGGGGCAAAUAUUGCAAAGGAGGAAUUCAUAAAAAAUAAAGAAAGAAAAAAAAAAAAAAUUUACAGAGAAGAGGAUUAUAACAGUAGUAGUAAAAACACAUUUAAUCCUGUAGGCAAUAUGGUUGGUAGCAAUAUGGCAGAUCUUAACAACAGUACGAAUACUUGUAAUGUUAGCACUGUGAAUAACAUUAACAGCGCUAACAAUGUCAACAGUGUUGUUAACAACAAUGUAAGUAAUAUGAACAGUGUUAAUAAUAAUGUAGUAAAUACUGUUAACAAUGCGUGUAGAAAUGUAAACAUAAACAAGAGCAUGAUUGACAUGCCCCACUUACUGAAAAAUUCUAAUGAAUGUUUUUCAAAUGGAUUAAUAGAUGAAAAUACAAAUUUACCAAAAAGUAAUUAUGCAAAUAUAGUUCCUUUCAAUGAAGUAGAAAGAAAUAAUCAAAUAAUUAGAAAUGAUUCUUUUAGAACAAAUUCUAGGAUAAUACUAAAUGAAGAUGCAGAUGGUUUAUUAUCUGACAAUAAUUCUGUUUCAGGAAAUAUGAGAUCUAUUCAAAUGUCAAGUGAUAGAAGAAAUAGUGCUUUAAGAAGAAGUGACCUGAAAUGUUUAAAUGAUAUGAACGAUUCAGAAUAUAAAAAUGUGGAAAUGAAUAUACCAUGGAGAGUAAUAGAACAAUUAUUAGUUCUGUUAGAAGAAGAAACGGGGUAUAGAAGACCUGAUUUGUCGUCGUAUAUUAAUUCUUAUUAUAACUCUAAUUCGAUUUAUGUAUUUUUUUAUCUUUUUGUUCACAUAAAUAAUAUUAUUAACAGCAUUAUUAUUCAGUUUAACCAUGCGAAUUUUUUAAAUAAUGAUAUAACUAUGUCAUCCUUUUCACGAAUAAGCAUUAUACUCUCCCUAGCAUCGGUAAUUUUUUCUAGACUGUCUAAUUUCUUUUUUGUUUUUUAUGAUAACUUUUAUUGCAAUAAUUAUGGAAGGAAUUAUAGAUACACAAAUCCAAUAGAUCAUGAAUUCUUAAGAGAAAUUAGGAAUCUAUAUUUUUCGAAUAACAGAAAUAAUAAUAAUACUAAUAGUAGUGGUAGGUUUUAUGAGAACAAUCUAUACAGUAAUAACAACUACAUACCAAUGAAUAUGAAUGCAUAUAAUCAAAAUAAUUCUACAUUUCUAAACAAUAUUAAUGACAACUAUUACCCUCUCCCAUAUAAUGAUAUUAGAAAUAUUUGUAAUAGGACAAACUUGCAGCAAGAAUUUGAAGAUUAUUAUAAAAAUUAUUUAAAUUCAGUUAAAGAUAAUAGCAGAAAUAUGCUUUUACGUAAAGAAUACACACAUUAUAGGGAGUAUCCAUAUAGAAACCAAGUUUCUUCACCAAAAGAAGACUACUUGAACCAUAACAAAAUGAGCAAAGUAAACAAAUUAAACAAAAAUAGUAGUAAAAAUAAUAAUAUUAAUAGUAACCAUAGUAAUAGUAAUCAUUUCUUUAAUGAAAAAAUGUACAAUAAAAUAAAUAAAAACUCCAAAUGGAAUAAUAAUAACCCUUUUUCUCUUUUUCCCGGGCAGAACAACAAACCACUACUGUAUGCUAGUAAGAAAAAAAGAACUGAUGAAAAGGAAAUCAAAAAAAAGAUGAAGAAGUAUUAUAAGGCAUUUGGUGCAAAAGGCCUAUGUAGAGAUGGAAAUUCCUUCAACAGUAAAAGUGAUAGUGGUAGUGACAACAGUAGUAGUAACAGUGGAAGUAGAAGUAGAAGUAAUAGUAGUAGUAUUAGUAUUAGAAAAAUUAAACGAAACAGUAAUAAUGUUCCAAAUGGCUUAGGUUAUAAUGCAGGAAAUUUAAGGCAUAAAGAAAAAUGGAUGAACGAUAUUUUUAAAAACAUUCUAAAAAAUAAUAAAAAUGGGGGAAAAAUAAAUGAAAAAACUUUGAAGAACGACGAGAAAUGUUUAAAAAAUGUAGAAAAAGACGAUGAUAAAAAAAAAUUAUCAAAUAAUUUAUUAAAUGACAAAUUUAUAUGUUAUGAUAGCAACAUAGAUGAUAUAUAUGAUUUAUCAGAAGAUGGAAAUGAAAAGGAUAAUAUGACUUUAAAAAAAGGACAAAAUGAGGGAGAACAAGAAGGAAAAAAUACGUAUAAAGGAAAAAUUUGGAAUACGCAUGAAAAGGAAAAAAAAAAUAAUAAUAUAUCACAAGAAGAAAAUGCGGUGGAUACACCUGUGGAAUGUAAUGAAAUAAGAAAUCAUAGUAGUAAUCAAAAUGAUAAUGCACUGGUUAGUGAUGACAGAACUGCAAAUAAUCCACCCUUGCCAAAUAUUAACCUUGCAAAUAUUUUUAACAAUGUUCAAAAUCAAAUGGUGAAUAGCAACAUGCAGGAUGCAACCCCGCGCGAUAAAUUUGAAGGUAUGCCUGAUGAGGUGAAAGAAAGAUAUAAAAGAUGGGUGGAAAACACGCAAAUAUUUUCAGGACAAAUGAUAAAAAUUUGCCGAAAUAGAAGACCAUUAAGCAAUGCAUACAUUGGAGAUAAUUCAUCAAAAGAUAAUGUAUCUUACAGCAACUUCUUACCAUUCCUGUGGAAAAAAAACAUGAGCACAAUAAACGUCAAUUUUAAUCUAGAAAUAAGCGAUGAAUUACUGAACGCCUUUGAUUUACACGUAUUGGAAUUUGUAAAGAAGUCAAUUAAAAACAAUGAAGAUUACAAAUCCGAGAAGUUUAAAUAUCCAAAUCUUUCUCUUUGUGAGGAACUUUUUGAAGAAGUGGAAAAAAAAGAUAAGUAG